AUGCCUCAACCACCACCGUUAGGUCCGCUACCAGAUGUGCGUUUAGAGACAUUUGUUAGACCAUUCACCUAUGUUGGACUAGAUUACUACGGACCUUUGCUGGUGAGAGUCAAGAGAAGUAACGUGAAACGCUGGGUUGCUCUUUUCACGUGUCUAACAAUCCGUGCAAUCCAUUUAGAGGUGGUACAUAGUCUUUCCACUGAAUCAUGCGUCAUGGCAGUUCGGAGGUUCGUAGCCCGACGAGGUGCUCCAAUAGAAAUCUUCUCCGACAACGGCACUAAUUUUAAAGGUGCGCAUAGACAGUUGACGCAAGAAAUUAAGAUGCGAAACCAGACAUUAUCGUCAAUAUUCACCAACACAAACACACGUUGGAAUUUCAAUCCCCCGGCGGCCCCUCAUAUGGGAGGAAUAUGGGAGCGUUUGGUAAGGUCGGUCAAAGUUGCGAUGGAGGGAUUGCUCGACGCUAGAAGAAAACCUGAUGACGAAAGUCUGGAAACGAUUUUGCUGGAAACUGAGGCAAUGAUCAACACCCGACCGCUAACAUAUAUCCCGUUAGAGUCGGCGGAUCAGGAAUCGUUAACCCCGAAUCAUUUCCUUCUGGGAAACUCAACGGGUGUUAAACAACCACCUACGAAUCUAGUUGAUUGCCGCAGUACACUGCGCAGUAGCUGGAAACUAGUUCAACAUUUAGUUGAUCAGAUGUGGCGUAGAUGGAUCAAGGAGUACACCCCAGUGAUCACUAGACGCAGCAAAUGGUUCGAAGAGAGAAGAGAUAUCAAAAAGGGAGACUUGGUGUUAAUAGUUAAUGAAAACAUAAGAAACCAAUGGAUCAGAGGAAGAGUUGAGCAAGUAUUCUUUGGAAAAGAUGGACGGGUACGACAGGCGAUGGUACGGACCUCUUCCGGGUUGAUGAGAAGAGCAGUUGUGAAGCUAGCAAUGCUCGACGUCGUAAAUCAAGGUGAACACGUGCAUGAUAUGACCGAUGUUCACGGGUAG